AUGGCGUCAUCUUCCAGUACACCUACCCCGUCCGAUCAAGAAGCAACCUACAGCAAAAUGUCCGUCGGCGACGUCGAGGCCAUCGGCAGCCACUGUCAGAUGCCCUUCUGCCACCAGCUGGACUUCCUGCCAUUCAAAUGUGAAAGCUGCAAAGGGAAAUUCUGCCUGGACCACCGUACCGAAUCCGCCCACUCCUGCCCCCAAGCCGGCGCCUGGGCCCGCCAACGCAACCAACGAUCCGCCACACCCACAUCCGCCUACGCCGGGCCAAAGAAACCCACCAUCCUCACCCACGAACAACAAUGCUCGUCCCCAACCUGCAAAACCCUUGUCAACACCCCUCUCACCUCCGGCGUGCAGUGCGAGAAGUGCAACCGCACGUACUGUCUCAAGCAUCGUCUAACCUAUGACCACGAUUGCGCGAAGCUCACGCCGCUCGGCGCGAGGCCUGGUAAUACUGCGCAGCAGACGCAGCGGGAGAAAGGGCUAGCGGCGCUUGGGAAGCUGAGAGCAUGGGGACAGGCGAAGAAGGCCGCCGCGGCGCAGACGAAUGUGCUGCCCGUGUCUAAGGCGAAGCAGGCGGAGGCUACGAGGGUGCAGGAGACUGCGGCGUUGAAGAAGACGGCGAAGGGCGAUGAUAAGGUUCCAGUGGAGAAGAGGGUAUAUCUGCAUGUCGAGGCGAGCUCGGAUACGGUUACGUCGAAGAUACCGAAGGGCGCGUUCUUCUACAACACUGAGUUUAGUGUAGGACGGGUGCUGGAUCUGGCGGCCAAGAGUCUGCAGGUUGCGAACUUGAACAACCGGUCAGAGAGCGAGGAGGAUAAGCUGAGGGUGUUCCAUGUCGAAGGAGGGAGGUUGCUGGAGUUUGGGGAGAAGUUGGGAAAGAGUGUGCAGACGGGCAAUACAAUUGUGUUGCUCAGAGGGGUGGGAGCUGGCAUGGCGAAGACGCCGGAGAAGACGGUAUAG